AUGUUAGAUAGAAGAAGCUAGAGUCCAAUAGCAACAAGUUAAAGAAUGGGAACUGCAAGAGCUAUUUUUGAAACAGUUCCAGAGCCAGAACCAACUAAGAGACUAACUAGAUCAAUAAGAAAUACCAGUACAGAACAAAAAUAAGCUGAUUAAAAAUAAAUGUAAUAUUAAUAUGGAGGAGUACCAUCUCUUGAUAUGAAUUGUAUUUAUAAAUAUUUAUCUAGCCCCUAAUGUUAAUUAAUAUCCAAUAUAACAACUUAAUUAUCAAACAUCAGAGAUUGACACAUAGAGAACUAGCUAAGUUCAUAAACCAAUCGAAGUGAAUGCAUAAUCGACUUCAUAAUUUAAUUACUAAAGUGUCGAUUAUUCAAAACCAUAGACUGGAUCAUUUAUAUAGACAGGUACUUGAACUAAUUAUGAUAGCAUAUAUCAACAAAUGUAUUAAAUAUUAUUAUCAAUUAAGUUUAAGAACCAUAAGGUAGUGUGCAUAACUUUCAAAGUAAAACAACAUAUGAAGUUCCUAAAUCUGACAUGAAAUUUUAGAUGUAUGAAUUUGACAAAUUUUCGAAAUAAGAAAAACCUAAGGUCUAUGAAAAGUUUGAACCUUAUAAAUUUGAACCCCUCAAAUAUGAAUAAUCAGAGAGAAUAAGGGAUGUUCAAUCUUCAUAGAGAUCAAUUCCAAAACCCAAUUAUUCAAUGAUGUUUCACUAUUAAUUUGAUAUAUAGAUAAACAUCAAACAAUCCAUAUCCUUAAGACAGAAUUACUUUGGAUACUUAAUUCAACAGAUCAAGUUUUAAUGUGCCUUCUGAAUAAAUAAGUCUGAGUAAAUAAAAAAUUAAUGAAUCUUUUCAACAACAAGAAAUUGUGAUCAAAAAUUAGAAACAAUCUGAACAAAUAUUAUAUAAGUCCAAUUAUAAAGUACCCUCUGAACGUGAAGAAUCAGUAAAGAUGGAAUACAGACCUACUACUCCUAUUUAGACUUAUUAGUAAUAAUAAUAAUAAUAAUAAUAAUAAUAAUAAUAAUAAUAAUAAUAAUAAUAUAUAGCUAUAUAGACUGAUGAUUAACUCUUUCGAUAAGAACCUGUUGAAAUCAAUUUCAAACCCAGUUAUGGUUAUAAUAUUUCACAAAUAAUUUAGGGGAACCUUUGAGGAAGUAUGAAGAUGAGUAUACGAUUGUAGAAAAUGAGGCAAACGAACAUGAAUUUAAUGCUGGAUGUCUAAUUUUUUGA